ACGAAGUUCUUGUUCUUAAUUCCUCUCCAUCUGUGUAGUGUAGUGCAUGCACCUAUGGCUCCACUGGCAUGGCUUCCACCCUUGAAUUCCCACCAAGAAUCCUUCAUAGAUGUUCACAUCCAUGAAUCCUAUGUUGGACCAAGAACUGGAGACCUCAGGUUAAUGAUCGUGCUUCACGUCCACGUCGAUUUCUACUCGGAGAAGGAUGACAGCCUGGAGUUGGUGUUUCCAGGCUUUUUCAUCACUCAGCGCAGACCAAUCAACAUGAGAAAUCACGAAGCCCUGGAAGAGUCAUUGUGGGAUCUCAUCCUGGACGAAGAUCUCAUCCCCUUCCCAUUGCGCAACUGCUUUUGGACGGAACGCCAACUCCACUGCCGUCAGUCGCGGUUGCUUCUACUUCGCAACGAAGAUGAGCUCGUCGGGAAAAUCUCUGAUUUCCUUCGUUUGGUGCACAAGAAACCAAAGAACAACGACAUGAUGGCAUUGGUGCGCUUGGAGAUCGGGAAAAAUGUGAUGGUGCCUGUGGAGGAAUUCGCGUCGUGGGUUUCUUGGUUUGAGGAGCAGAAACGGAUUGACCCCACAUUUGAGUAUGAAUACAGUAAAGCCAUCAGAAGACCGCGUGACAUGAGCGAGGUUCACCAAGAAGCAGAAUCCUUAAUAGCAAGGCGUCCGGCAAAGAUCGUCAACGGGGAGCUACAAAUUGUGGCUGUGAAUGGCGGAAAAGAUGAUGGAGCGUCGAUGUUGGCGAAAGAGUCAUGUUCUAUAUGUUUGGAAGGGUUUUCCAAUGGGGGGCGCGGGACGAGGCUGCCUUGCAGUCAUAUGUUCCAUGAAAAUUGCAUAUUGAGGUGGCUGCGGGGAAAUCAUGUUUGUCCUUUGUGUCGCUAUGAGUUGCCGAUUGAUGAGUAA